CAAUAAGCUAUGUCCAAACAUUUAAAAUGGGAGUGGAUAGUGGGUUUUUCCAAUUUCUCAAGGUAAACUAAAUAUAUAUUAGAUAUAACAAGAUUGGACGGAAUAAAAUAAUUCGAACAUAAACAGUAAAAUGCAGGAAAUAUAUGCAGUGCAUUAAUGCAUUAUCAUUUUAAUCUACAUACAAAAAGCAUAACAUACAAAUAUGCUGGACUUUCAAAUUCAAAAUAGCGACCUAUGCAACCUCGAAGAAGAACUUUAUGACAUUUUCUCAAAAUCCAAUUGUAAAAAUGUGCUUGAUGAAUCCCUAGCAGCAUUUGAAACAGGAGAUCUGUCUCAUCUGGUCAAGGAAGAAUUAAAAUGUACAAUACAAACAAGAAGACUAGCAAAAGGACAAGAUGAACUCAAAGUAGACUUUUCUGAAGAAAUCAAGUACCAGCUUACAGAAGAUGAACAGAACAAAAUUGUAAGAAGACGAGAACAAAAUAGAAUGGCAGCAAGGAGGUUUCGAAAGAGGCGGAAACAAAAUAAGAAAACACUCUCCGAGAUUCAAGAUAUUGAACGUGAUAAUGAUGAAAAAACUGCUGAAAUAAAGAGACUGAGAGAAGAAAAAGAGACACUUCUUAAACUUUUGAAUGAUCACUUACUUGUCUGUCCGGGUAUCCAAACGACUUUGUAGAAAAAAUAUUGAUUGUUGUGAUUUGAAAAAGAAUAUUUGUGUUCCUAUUCGUAUGAUUGUUUUGAUUGAUAGUGAAUUGUGAAUAUGAGAUAUUACGUGAUUCAAAAAUUAUUUAUACAUGUAAUUCUAAAUUAUUAAAGUUGUUGAGGAAUCAUCGACCACUUUGUUUAUCAGAUUUUGAAAUGUAUUCAAUGUUUUGGUUGUUAUGUGUAUAUAUGUGUGUUAAAUAUGCAUACGGUU